AAAUAAUAAACUGAAUCUGAAUCAAUUGGGAUGUAUGUACCCGACUUUAAAUCUGUAUGAUUCGAUUAAAUUUACUUUGUAACAUGAUUUAAGACGAUGUGUGUUGUGAAUUGAUGCCAUAUUCAGCAAAAAAAAUUAAAUCUAAGGUUUUUCUGCAUAAAAGAGAAAUGUGCUUGGGUUUACCAUAUCAGAGUAAAUGUAACUCUGAAGCAUUUGGUGAAAGAAUGGAGGACUAAAAGUGUUUCAGUGUGGACAACCACCAGUAACAUAUGAAUAGUCAUGUAUGUGCCGUAAACACACCUCCUUUGGAUCUCAUGAAUGCGUUUUCCAUCCUAUUUAGCAAACUUGAUAAAAGACUGAGGUUAUGCAGUCAUUUUCUGGCCAUAGCAAAUACUCAAAGCACUUUACAUUGGAUCCACAUUUGCCAACUGCAGUCACAAAAAUAUAUAAGAACAGAUCAAUAAGCAAUUUGACAACUUCUCCACCUGUUGAUCCACAACGAUCCCUCUGUUCUUCCUUGUGGGAUUGUUGUUCAUUUCAUCUGCAGAGUUUCUCAGAUUCUGCAAGAUUCUUGGGUCUGGUGUGCACAGCUCUUUUGAUAUGCAGUAGUUUGUGAUGAUUUUGAUUAAAACUAUGGCACCUCUCAUAAGAUGUAGAAACUUACACAUGCUCUGACUUUUAGAUAAUUUGAAAAAAGAUUACCAGUAGCCUUUUAAAUGUCCAAAAUAAGUUUUCCUCUGUCAGUAAACGCCAUUGGAGGGACAAUUUAUGUCUUGCUUUCAUCAUAAAAAGGAAAUAUUGAGUGACGGAAAGUCUUCUGGAGCCCAUUGCCUCUAUCUUCACUCAUCUGUUCGAACUGGACCCUCUGUGACUGUGGCAAAUACCCCACGUCUGUGAUGACGCAUGUGACGGCAGGAAAUUGGAGAGAAAGACUGAAGACAAACAUUUUUUCUGCCUGUCUCCAUCCCAUACAUCAGACCCGUCAGGCUGUUGGUUGGUUGGUUGGUUGGUUGGUUGGUUCAGCAGCCUACAUCCGGGACCACCCCCCGUGUCAGCCCACUGCGGUGCGCCAUGAUAUAAGCGGUUGACUUGCGGAUUGCUGGAAAGCAGAAGAGUUCGGAUCACCAUAGAACAUUCCUCUAGUUGACUCCCCGUCAUCCCUUGCAGGGAAACGGAAAUGUGCUCCCAGAUCCCGGGAAGACCAAUGCAAAUAUCACACGGCAGCAUCUGGCUGACUCUGACAAUGGAGACUCCGAACUUUACGCACGGAUCUGCGCCCAUUAAUGAGUCGCUGCGCCAGCGUUCAAACAACUCAGCUGAAAUCGCUUUGCCGAUCUUUAUGUUUGCUGGCGGGGCCAUUGGGAAUCUGAUCGCCAUACUUGUGCUUUCAGUGUCCCGACAGGAGAAAAAGUCCUCCGCCUUCUUCUCGCUGGUGCGCGGUCUGGCGGUGACUGACCUUCUGGGCACCUGUUUGGCCAGCCCGCUCACCAUAGCCAACUACAUAGACCAGCAUGUACUGCGGGACCGGCGCGUCUGCGAGUUCGACUCGUUUCUGCUGUUGUUUUUCGGUUUGACCGGACUGAGCAUCAUUUGCACCAUGGCAGCAGAGCGGUACCUGGCCAUCUGCUGCCCCUACAGAUACCAGAGGUGGGCAGUGGACCGACGCUUCGCGCAGAAGUUCCUGUUCUUUAUUUACAUCAGUCACAUUUUAUUCUGCUGCCUGCCCAUGAUGGGCAUGUCCAGGAGCGAGCUGCAGCCACACGGCACCUGGUGCUUUAUCGACUGGAAGACCCCCGAGCCGGUGGCCGCCGCCUAUUCCGUCCUGUAUGGGGCCGUGAGCCUGCUGCUGAUUCUCGGAACCAUCGUGCUGAACCUGGCGGUGUGCGGAGCGCUGCUGCUGAUGCGCCGCAGAAACGUGCAGCGGGCCUUCACCAGAACCAGCGUCAGGCAGAGGUGGAGGGAGCUGUCCUCGGCCGCAGAGACGCAGAUGAUGACGGUUCUGGUGAUGACCUCCGCGGUGGUUCUGGCCUGUUCGGCUCCGUUAGUGGUGCGCAUUUUUGCCAACCGCUUCCAGAAUGACCAAAAGGCAGAUCUGACAGCCAUCCGGAUCGCCUCACUGAACCCCAUCCUGGAUCCCUGGAUCUACAUCCUCCUCAGGAGGUCCCUGUUCCGACGUUUGCUCAGUCUGUCCAGGAGAUGCGACAGCCCCAGCAUUUCCCCGCCUUUGACUCAAAGUGAUCUGCUGUGUCCCGAAAUCAUGAAGGACCACGUGUUGACUCAGCUGAUGUGCAACGCAAACAUCAUCACUCAUCUGUCCGCCUCUGCCAGAUUCCCACCGUAUAACACUGAGAUUCUCUGCGAGACCUGAAGCUUUGCAGAAUCGGUGGAUGUUAGUUGUGAGCACCUGCAGGGAAGCAGAGAAACUCAGUGGGACAGAAAAACUGAGAUGGCUACAUAAAUCUCCACGGUAACCGGACAUGCAGAGAUGAACACAAGAAACGUUUGUACACACAAACAAGGAAUAUGACUUCAGUUCCACUUUGCUCUUAAGAAAUUCUAAAAAUAUAAUAUACAUACAAACAUAUAUACAUAUAUAUAUAUAUAUAUAUAUAUAGAUUGAUUGAUUGAUAGAUAUAAGAUAUAUGGAGGGAAGGUCAGCCCUGAUAAUUCUCUCUGCAGAUCUAAUCGUUCGUUGUAGUUUGGACCUGUUCUAUUUUGUGACUAAGCCAAACCAAACAGUGAUGGACGAACACAGGACAGACGGAUUGAUGGCAGUGUAGAAGAGGACCACCAGCUCCUGUGGAAGGUGCCACAGGAAGUAUAGUCUCUGCUGGGUCUUCUGAUGUCUAUGUGUGAGGACCAGCUUUCUCCUAGGAACCAGAAGAAAGUAGACACGGUGUGGUUGAGGAUUGUGAAGGGACAGUGUGGGGGUGUUCUCCAGAAGUUCACCAUCAUCUUCAGUCCUGAGUGGAUUAAGUUCCAGGUGGUUCUGAGUGCACCAUCUCCUGUCUGUCUGCAUACAGACAGGAGAUGGACCUGUCGAUCCAUCUCUUGUCUGUAUGCAGACUCCCCAGCUGCUGCCAGUCAGUCAGGAAGUUGGUUAUCCACUGACAGGUGGAGGCCACCACUGUGAGCUGGGUGAGCUUCUGGUGGAGGAUGUCUGGGUCAAUGGUGAUGAAGGCCAAGCUAAAGUCCACAGACAGAAUCCUGGUAAUAGGCCUGUAGUUGUUUAGCGCCGUGAUGGUGCGUUUCUUGGAGACCAAGAUGAUGGCGAGGCGUUUGAAGCACGAAGGAGCCUCACACACCUUCAGAGACUUGUAGGUCUGAGUGAAGAUGGGGACCAGUUGGUCAGUGCAGGCUUUCAGGAAUGAGGGCCUUCCUGGUCUUCUAAAAGAGCCCAUUUACUUCUUCCUCAGAGAUCUCACAUGCAGGUAGGGGGUGUGAGGAGAGGAGUGUGAUUGGUGCAUGGGGAGCUUUAUUUAUUAGAUGAAAACAGAAAGAAAUACUCCCUUAUUCUUAUGAGCCCUUAUUCUGUACCUGUCAGUGUUUUACAUGACCUGUGUGGCCUGGCCUUAAUACUGCAGUUUGAUUUGUUGUAAAAUCUCUGGGUUAUUUCCUCCAAAAGCCUAUCUUCAUCUUGACCCUUCACCUUAUCUGUCAGCACAUUCUACUUUCUCAUGUUAAAACAUAAAUAUUCCUCUGAACUAACCGCUUAUGGACAUUAUAAAGGUCUUCCUUAAAUCACAAUGAUGCCAUAUUUUAUAUAUGUAAAGUUGUUCAAACUUCUCAUUAAAACUUUUUAUUUCUUUUCUUUUAGGGAGCCAAGAC